GGCCUGCGGGUUUCACUUUCGAAUCGUGCGGGCCGGCUGCGAUUUUCUGUCGUAGGGUCGUUGGGAUGAACGUUUGACGUAUGUGGAUGACGGACACGUGAAAUUUUGACAGUGCGAGGUGUUUUCCUUGUAGGACUGUGAAUUACUGCCGUGACAAUGUCGUGCAUACGAACCGGCGACACGGAGCUGGACCAAAAGGUCCAUGAAUGGCUGACGUGGGACAAAAACGAAUCUACCUGCACCGCCUUAAAGGUCCUGGUGGCCAAAAAUAAAGUGGAGGAGUUAAAAGCGUGUCUUUUGAAUCGGAUAUCCUUUGGAACGGCAGGUUUGAGGGGGAAAAUGGCAGUAGGCUAUGCCUGUAUGAACGACCUAGUGAUCAUACAGACUGCUCAGGGAUUCCUCAAGUAUUUGGAGGGGAAAAAUGUUAAUCUGUUGAAGAAAAAUGGGAUUGUGGUGGGAUACGAUGGUCGACACAACAGCAAGAGAUGGGCAGAAUUGACAGCAGCAGUAUUCGUGUGCGGCGGAUACCCAGUGAAACUGUUCAGUCAAGUAGUCCCCACCCCCUUUAUACCAUUCGCAGUUACGAAAUAUAAAUGUGCCAGUGGAGUUAUGGUAACAGCGUCACAUAAUCCAAAGGAGGAUAAUGGAUACAAAGUCUAUGCUGCAAACGGGUCUCAGAUCAUACCGCCGGCUGAUACGAACAUUCAAACUUCGAUCAUGCAGAAUCUUAAACCUUUGGAGACGUCUUGGGACACGUCGGUAAUAGAGAAAAGCUGUUUGCUGAAAGAUCCACUACAAGAAGUACUAGACCACUACUUAAAAACUACGAGUGAAGCUAUUUUACCUGAGCACAAGCAACUGAAUGAAGAAGUUGGAAUGCCUUUUACCUACACCGCUAUGCAUGGGGUUGGGUACCCUUAUGUUCAAAAACUUUGUGAUAUCGUAGGGAUAAAGAUUAUACCAGUAUUAGAGCAGAGGGAUCCUGAUCCAGAAUUUCCAACAGUGAAAUUUCCUAACCCAGAAGAGGGGAAGAGUAGUUUAGAUCUGUCCUUCAAAACAGCAAAUGAGAAUAACAGUGUGGUUAUACUGGCAAAUGAUCCAGAUGCAGAUAGGAUGGCUGCUGCAGAAAAAAAUCCAAAGACUGGAGAAUGGAAAGUUUUCUCGGGAAAUGAGUUAGGGGCUUUUUUUGGUUGGUGGCUUCUCCAUUGCUUCAAACUGAAAUACCCAGACGAGCCCCUUAGCAACGUUUGUAUGAUUUCGAGCACUGUAAGUUCCAUGAUUCUGCGAACCAUGAGCAAACAGGAAGGGUUCAAGUUUUUCGACACACUUACAGGAUUUAAAUGGAUAGGAAAUUUAGCAUUGGAUCUGAUGAAACAAGGCAAGAAGGUAAUAUUCUGCUUUGAAGAAGCAAUAGGGUUUAUGUGUUCCAGUAAUGUGGUGGACAAAGACGGAGUUUCCGCAAUGUGCCAGUUUGCCACCAUGGCAACUUACCUGUAUAGCAAGAACCAAACUUUAACAGAGAAAUUGGAGGAGAUCUAUUCGAUUUACGGGCAACACCUGUCGUGUAAUUCCUACUACAUUUGCCAUGAUCCGAUCAAAAUAAAUGCGAUUUUUGAAAGGAUCAGAAACUUUAAUGGUCCAAAUACGUAUCCGCAAGGGAUUUUGAACGGCAAAUACAAAAUAAUAGGGGUGCGUGAUCUAACAACCGGUUUUGACAACAACCAGCCGGAUAAUAAGGCGGUUUUGCCUGUUUCCAGCAGCAGCCAAAUGAUAACAUUCCAAUUUUCGAAUGGGUUGGUUUGUACUCUCAGGACCAGCGGAACCGAGCCAAAGAUCAAGUAUUACACUGAACUGUGUGCCAGCCCUGAUAUGAAGGACAAGGACGUUAUAAAGAAUACUCUAACUGAAAUGGUACAAGGGAUUUGCGAGGAAAUGUUUGAGCCCAGCAAGAAUGGACUUGUGGCGAAAGCUGAUUAAAUUAUGUAUUUGGUACAAUAUUCCAUGUCAAAGCAUUUAAUUUCAUUAUUUUUUUAUUUGAAAAUAAUUUAUACUUAUAAAAUAAUUAUACAUUGCACUUAAUUGUAGGAUGUGGGAAGAAAAAUAAAGGAUUCUGUAAGAAAAUGA